GUCGGCGCCGUGCGCGGCUCUCGCGCUGUGGUGGGCAGGAAACUGUCCAACCGCAUUCUCACGGCACUGGUCGCACGCUCUGCACGAGGGAUGGUCCAACGGCGAGGAUGGAAGCCCAUCGUGGAGAAGACCAUGGAGGAGGUUGGACGAGACUUCUGCUUGGGCUAUCUCGUGGAGCCCUCCGCAGCGACCGCGACCCCGCGGAUCUCGGUGCUCUCCAGAGGGAAGCAUGUGGAGGAGGUGCCGAACGCACGCAUCCUGCGGUCGAAGUGA